CUUUAACCAACGUAAAUAAAAAUUCCAGCGGUAGCUUUAGGGAAAAUAUAAUAAAAUGUCUGAGCGUAAAGUCUUAAAUAAAUACUAUCCGCCGGACUUCGACCCGUCGAAGAUACCGCGCAUGAAAUUGGCCAAAAAUCGUCAAUACACAGUGCGAUUGAUGGCUCCGUUUAACAUGAGAUGCAAAACCUGCGGCGAAUACAUUUACAAAGGCAAGAAGUUCAAUGCCCGCAAGGAGGAUGUGGAGAAUGAAACAUAUUUGGGCAUACGCAUUUACAGAUUCUACAUCAAGUGUACGCGUUGCCUGCAGGAGAUCUCCUUUAAAACAGAUCCACAGAACACUGACUACGAGAUUGAAGCAGGCGCCACACGUAAUUUUAUGGCACUCAAAUUGGCCGAAGAGCAGGCACGUCGUGAGGAGCAGGAAGCACGCGAGGAGGAGGCAAACAAUCCUAUGAAAUUGCUGGAAAAUCGCACCCAACAGUCUCGCAAUGAAAUUGAAAUGCUUGAGAGUCUCGAGGAGUUGCGCGACCUAAACAGACGUCAGCAAACUGUUGACUACACCACCAUGCUGGAGCAGUAUAACACUGUUGAAACGGAACGCGAACGUUUGGAGCGCGAGGAACGUGAGGAUGAGGCGUUCGUCAAAUCGGUGAACUUUAAGAGCAAAGCGGAGGGCGGCACACGUAUUAUCUCUGAAGAAAUUAUUGAGGAAGUGAAGGAAGAGGACACAGCAUUGCCAGCACCACCACCAGCCAAAAUGGCCAAACCAAAAGUAGUAACUGCGCCCAGCAACGCUUCUUCCACUGCACAGUCACUGGUGAAACGCAAGACGCCCUUGGUGCUGGUUAAGCCCAAGGCAAACAUAGCUGCCCCAAGUGCCUCUACAUCUGCCACAGCAGCAGCAACAACAACAACUACUACUUCAAGUGCUACCUCUAAGCCAGCAGCACCAGCAGGUUUAUCUCUCUUAGCUGCAUAUAGCGACAGUUCUGAGGAUUCCAAUUGACCUGGGCAUUUAUAUACAUUUUUGAUUUUAAUUAAGCCCUUUUUUACCAAAUAAAUUCUGUCAUAAACCAUAA